AUGUUAAAACCAAAAGCUUUGACUCAAGUACUAAGUCAGGCGAAUACUGGAGGAGUGGAAAACACAUUAUUGUUAACUCAUCAGGGUGCCCUCUUAGCAUAUUCAGGUUACAAUGAUAAAGAUGCCAGAGUAACAGCUGCAAUUGCCAGCAAUGUCUGGUCAGCUUAUGAGAAGCAAGGCAAAAAUGUUUUCAAAGAAGAUAAGCUAGAUUUGAUAUUAGUAGAUUGCCAGAAUGGCAAGAUUGCUGUAACACAAGUUGCAAAUUUAUUAUUAUGCCUAUAUGCGAAGGAGACUGUUGGAUUUGGAAUCCUUAAAGAAAAAAUUAAUGCAAUUGCACAAUAUUUAGAAGGGCCCUUAAAACAAGUUGCUAGUUCUUAG